AUGGAAGAAUUAUUAUCUUCUUAAAUUCCUCAAAAUAUCAUGUAGGAUUCUUCAAAUAAGAGUGACUUCGUUAAUUAUGAUUAUAAUCAGAAACUUUUCAAAAAUAAUGAUGCCAAAUUAUUUUAGGUAUAAAAAUGUAAUUUUAAAGAGAAUAUAAGAAAAAAUUCUAUGUAGUAAAAUAUGAGCAAAAUAAAUAGAGAGAUUAUACAAUAACAUUUAUAAUACUAUUAGAAAAUAUCUAAAAAAGAAGAAUAAUAAUUUUCAUAGUCUAAAAAUAAAUGUUAAAGUACUCUUGACAAUAUAUAAAUUGUAAUAUCAUAAACAUCAAUAUCUUAAUCAAUUUGCGCACUAUCAAUUUCAUCAGAAAUAUCAAUCUUAAACUCGGAAAUCCAAAAAUUAAAGAAUAAUAAUAAUUUGACAAAUAAUUAAAAAUAAUACUAUAUACAUAAAUAUUAAUAACAAUUAUUUUCAAAAUUAAAAGAUUAAGACUAAGGGAAAUAAAUUCCUCAUAUAAAAUAAAUAAUUGAAGCUUCGAAUCCUGAAUUGAUACUUUAUGUUUUAAAAGAAUAAUUAUUAAGAGAUUAAAAUAGAGAAUUAUUAUUAACAAGUAAGGAAUAUUCUUUUGGAUUUGAUUCGAUUCUUGGAGCAUAUGGUUAAGAUUAAACUUGUUUGAAAGUUAGAAACACUAAUCUUGAUUUCGAUCAAAUUGUAAAUGACAAAUAAAUAUUAAAGCAACAUCUAUUGGAAUUUACAUAAAAACUAUCCAAUUCACUUAAUGUUCCAAUUGAUUAAAUUGAAAUUUUAGGAGUAUCUAAGGGAAGCUUUGAGAUAAGUUUUUAAAUAACAGGAAAAAAUAUAGAGGACAUUUAAUAGGAGAUUAAAAGUAAUAAAGCUGCUUCUCAAUUUUUAAAUGAAUAUUGUAAUGGAAAAGUUGAAUAUGUCCAAUAUUUUAAUCAAGCAAGUUGGGAUGCAUAUAAUUCAGCAAAAUCUAAUUUAGGAAUGACUUUAUCUUCUGAUGAUUUUAAUCCUUCAUAUAAUAUGAGUUGGGAUGGUUUUCAUGAAAAAGAAUAAAGAGGGCCUCCUGAUCAUAAAUAUGAUUAUUAUUUUCCAAUAGGUUGUUAUGGAUUUGGCUUAAAUGUUAAAAAAUAUGGAUAUAAUUAAGAUUGGCUAAAAAAAGACGGUAAUCCUAAUGAAUGGAGAAUUAUGUAUCAUGGUACUAAAAAUUUUUGUGUUAAUUCAAUAAUAAAAAAUAAUUUAUAACCUGGAUAGGCAAAUUAUUGCAAAGAUUUCGAUUGUAUAGAUGAAUUUGGAAAAACAGUGAAAUUAGGAGUUGGAAUUUAUUUCUCAAAUGAUUUUCAUGUCUGUAUAAAUGAUGGAUAUUCUUCAUACACUUAGAUAGGGAAUAAAUAAUUUGCAGUAAUUUUUAUGUCAAGAGUAAAUCCAAAAAAAAUUAGACAAGCAGGAGAUUUUAUGAAGAAAAAUAAUUAUUUUCUUAUUAAUGAAUCAAAAGACGUUAGACCUUAUAGAGUUUUAUUGUAUGAGAAAACAACAAAUGUACAAUAGUAAAAAUAAAAAAACCAAUUUAGGAUUAAUUUUUAAAUAACUGGAAUUAAUAUGAAUGAGAUUUUAUAACAGAUUAAAAACAAUCCUAAUGCAUUGAAAUUCUUAAAUGAAUAUUGUAAGGGUAAAUUAGAAUAUGUAAAAUAUUUUGAUUAAGCAAAUGUAAAUGGAGAUUUAACUUCUGAUGAUUUUAAUCCUUCAUGCAAUAAAUUUUGGGAAGGUUAUCCUAAAAAAGUAUAAAGAGGACCUCCUGGUCGUGCGUAUGAUUAUUAUUUUCCAAUAGGUUGUUAAGGGUUUGGGUUAAAUGUUAAAAAAUAUGGAGAUAAUUAGGAUUGGCUAAAAAAGGAUGGUAAUCCUAAUGAAUGGAGAAUUAUGUAUCAUGGUACAAAAUUGCAUUUUGUUAAUGAAAUAAUAAAAAAUAAUUUAAAACCUGGUUCUGGAUAGAAUUAUACUGAUAAUAUUUGUAAAGAUGAAUUUGGAAAUAAUGUGAAGGUAGGAAAUGGAAUUUAUUUCUCAGAUAAGAUUGAUGUUUGUCUAAGUUAUGCUCCAUACAUUGAGAUUUGUGGUAAACAAUUAGCAGUGAUUUUUAUGACAAGGGUAAACCCAAAAAAAAUUAGAUAAAGUGAAGGAAUGAAAUGUAAUAUUUUUGUUGUUAACAACUCAGAAGAUGUGAGACCAUAUAGAAUUUUAUUAUAUGAAAAGAAGUGA